AUGGUGAGUUUGCUCCCUCCUGGGAAUCCGUUUGUCGCGGGCCGUGUCUUUGAUUUCGGCCAAGUCCAGGGUACGCCACGUGCAGCUCCCGCAGGGCAGGUCAGGCAUGUGUCCUUGCCGUAUGCUCCGCUGGGUGCCCCCACCUAUCCCCAGUUCGCGCAGCCGGUCCAUGUAGUGGCACCACAAACCAUCCCUCCUGGCACGGUGUAUUCGCCGGUCGUGACCCACCGGCCGGUGUACGCAGCAGCGACACCGUCACUGCACAGUCAUGUGGUGAGUCCCAUGUCCAGCCCCAUGCUGGGAUACCGCCCGGUCGCUGAAACUGGAAUGCCGCGGGUCCUCGAGGGCAUUGGCACGCCAGGAGGCUUCACGCGGCUGCGAAGCCUCAGCCAAGAUCGU